UGCUGACCUCUUAACUUCACAAAUCUAAGGUGGUCUGGGUUGGGAGUGUAUGGAGAGAAUAAAGCUAAGUGAUUUGAAAGGUUUCCAAAAUGAUGAGCAGGCAGGAUUAGAAAGAACGGCAUUGAUCCCAUUAGUAAUAAAAAAUAAGAUUAAAAAAUGAGCAAAUGAAGUGACGUAAAAAAAACACUUUCUCACACAACGAGUAUUUAAAGUAUGGAAUGCACCGCCUGGGAAUUUAGUGGAGUUCAGUUCAGGCAUUUGAGAUGGCAUUGGGUGAUUAUUUGGAUCGAAAUAGUCUGCGGCGAUAUGUGGAAAAGGCAGGAGAUUGACACUGGGUGCUAGAACCAGGACAGACACGACGGGCCGAAACGCCUCCUUCUGCGCCGUAACAGCUCCUUGAUUCUGAUGUAAUCCCCCCACAAGCCAAGGAAACAGCAGCGAGGGCGGUGAAUCUCCAGCAGCAUGAUGCUCUGAUUUGAUAACUCGGAUGUCCGUCAAAGAUAGGAGUCAGCUCCCUGCUCAGCUCCCGAUCAGUGUUUGCUCCGUGGUUUUCGGAUCCGCGGAGAAGCGUCGGGUGCAGCCUUCCGCCGGAUUGCAUAUUUACGAUUUCUGAGGGCGGUAGCGUCUCCAAGAAAUAGCAAUGCACAACACAAUGUCUUUUGAAAGUGAAGACACUGAACAGACCAUUACUUGUCUCAAUAUCAAUGUCUAUCACCCCCAGGCAACAGUAUUUACCUCUCUGAAUUAUGCUGGCAAACAGAAAUACCGAGUGGAGGAAAUGGUAAUGUUUGGCCGUGAUUCCAAAGUGUGUCAUUUUCCUCUAAUGGACAAACGUGCCUCUCGAAUGCAGUUUAUUAUUCAAGCUUUUCGACACAGUGAGAGCUCAGAACUCUGUUUUGAAAUCAAAAAUACAAGCUUGAAGAGUAAACUAUCUGUCAAUAAUAUAAGUCUGGAUCACCUUAAUAAGAUUGAUUUACCAAGGAAAUGUAUUUUGCGAUUUGGGGAAUAUCAAUUCUAUCUGGAAAAAGAUGACGGAGAAGAUAGAGAACACUUUGAAAUCUUCAUCAAACUUUCCCUAGUUCCAUUUUGUCAAGAGGUCAGUAUGGAGACCCUAACACACCCUGUACCUGAAAUUGGCGCUUUAAAGUUCAUGGACGUUCCAGUUCCUCAAUACCAAUUUCAGACUGCAGUGGAGAGUGAUGAAAAUGAAAUUAAAUAAAGUAAUGCCUUAUGAUUACUUGCUAAUCAGCAUGAAUAGAAAAUUUGAGCCUUUCUUUAAGUGCUGUCCAGAUAUACAGUGAUUUAUGGGCAGGGAGAUGUAACCUGACAAGUAUAGUGUUUACUUAGAGACGAAUGAUGAGACUGAAUAAAUGAACUCAAUUAUUGUCCAUUCUGACCUAUGCUGAAUACGUUAGCAAUCCUUGUCUAUUUCUGAGCAAAUCAUUGCUGACAUUGUUUAUCUAGCACGGAAACUAUUCCUUUUUGCUGGUUGAAUUAUUGUAUUUACAUUUUUAUCCAAUAUUAUGGAAUGUAUUAGCUUGAUUUUGGGAUCAGACUCAAAUUAAUCACCCCAAAAUAUUUUUGUGUGAAUGGUUUGUUAUUAGUGAUUAAUUAGUACAAGUUCUCACUCAUUCUGUAUCUGUUAUUUGAUUAUGCAAGUCACGAUUAAAGUUGCAACGCUUUUCAAUAGGAUAAACAUAGCAUGAGUUUUACUGCAACUUCCAGAUUUACUUGUUAGCCAUGUGUACACUAUAUAAUUGGUAAACCUCCAGUAUGUGCAACAUUGGUAAUUGUGGAAAACAUUUGCACUGUAAAAUAGAACAGUUAGAAUCUUGAAAUCUUAUGAAAUAUAAAUAAAUUUAUGUGCAACUUUAUGAGAUAUUGCAACCCAUUUACAAGUUAUAUUUCAAGGUAAUGUUCUUAUUUAGGUUCAAUGUACCAACUUAUUUUAACUAUCUUUUGCAUUAGAUCAAUUAUCCCAAAAGCCAGCAAAUAAUGAUCUAGUAUAGGGAUUUCUCUAUUUUAUGCAUCCACUAUACUAUCAGAUAAGGGACAUUCUGACUCCUCGUUUUCCACCACCCUCCUCUCUCUCUCACUCCCUUUCACCCCAGAAUCCCAUCCUCCUUUCUUUCUCAUACUCUUCCAUGUUCUGCUUUUCCCAUUAUAUGUGAAUUUUCAAUAAAUACCAUGAUAACUACUUUAUUUUCCAAUAAUCUGCUACUCUUUGUAUCUAUGCAUUGUGCUAUUUUAUUGAACAAGAGCAUUGACUACUCUUUCUCAAUUUUAUCCAGAGCUUCUGCUGCAUUUUAUAAUACACUCUUUCUAACACUCCAAUAGCUUCUUUCAUCACAAAUGUUACUCAUUUUCUAAUUUCUCUAACUUGUGUAAAUUUCUUAUAACUUGGAAUAUUCAUCUAGCCAUGCUCAAUGUGUAGCCAACUUAGAUGGUAUGCAAUAAAAUAUAAUCCUUUAAACUGGAUUUGCAAUUGUAUUCAUUUGCUUUGUUCCUUUUUAAAAUUUAUUCAUGAGAUGCAGGCAAGAUUGACAUCC